UUUUUUUUUUUUUUUUUCUGCCCCCUUUUUUUCUGCUUUUUUUUUCCAUCCUCUUUUCUUCGCACUUUGCAUCAAUGCUUGCUUUCAAGUCAUUGGCGUGUGUGCUCCUUCUUUGCUCCUGGUUGAGCUGCAGCGCCCUCGCCGGACCCAUCUCCGCCGACCUCUCCGACCAUGGUGUGCUCUUCCGUGGUGAGCCGACGAGCGACUGCGCUUCGUGGUCUGUUUUGAUGCAGCUCAAGCAUGGCGGCGCCAAGCCUGCGACUAUGCCCAGCGUUGUGCGCGCAAACGACACUGGCGCCUUGGAGCGCCAUUUCGGCGACUAUGCCGUCGAGCGCCUGCAUGUCGGCGAGAAUGGUGCCGAACACACCAUCACGCUCAACCGCGGACCGAGCUCGCCGUUUGCAGUCGAGUUUUCGCUGUCCCACGACGGCAUUGCCUCUGCUCUGAUUUCGGACGUUGACGGCGCGCUCGAGUUUACCACGGUCGGUGGCUGCACCUUCCGCUACGAGAAGCUUGAGGUUAUUGAUGCCACCGGCCGCAAGCUCGCAGCUCGCAUGUCGUGCACCCCCUCUGCCACCUCUCCCGAGGUUGGCAUUGUGUCGCGCGUGUCGUCGGGCCCCUGCGCUGUCUCGGUCGGCGGUGCCCCGCUGCCCUUCUCCCUCGACAUUCUCGAAGCUGGCGUCUACCCCAUCCUCAUUGACCCCUUCGUGGCAGACAACUACCCGAUCGGCGCCAUGACCACGCAGCUCUUCUCGCAAAAUGGCGAUAGUGUUAACGAUUAUUUUGGCGCGCAAAUUGGCUCUGGCAACUUUUGGUCCAGCUCGAACGCCUACGCCGACUUGGUCGUUUCUGCACCUGGCUAUUCAAGCAAACGAGGCACCAUUUAUGGGUACAAGGCGACUGGAUCUUCGCUGGUCUACACCUCCACGCUGGCCUCUGGCUCCUGCGUGAGUAACGGCAACAGCUACGGCUUCCGCUUCCACGUCGGCCGCGCUCCCGGUGCUUCCUUCGACACUGUCUUUUCUGGUACCCAGUUCUGUUCAUCUUUGACCGCCUUCCAAGGCUCCGCGACCGGCCCGUCACGAACAAUCUCUUCCACCAGCGUCAACUGCAACUCUUACGCCAUCGGCCAGUAUCCCAUCUGUGGUGUCAUGACCUACUAUGGCGAACCGAACGGCGGAUCUGGCACCCUGUAUGUGUCGUCGUCGUCAAGCUGGUCCUCAGUCUCGUCAUACUCAUCGAGCAGCCUUCUUGGCUCUGGCUCGAAUGGCCGCAAACCGGGCCUCCAUGUCUACACGGACUACCAGGUGCCAUCCGACUUCUUUUUUGCAGACCCUGCAGCAGACACCCCGAGCGGAGGUUACCUUGGCCGCGUUGUUGGUGUUUCGUCGACCGGUUCGCGCUUCUGGGCCGCCGACGGUCCCAACGGUGACUCUGGCUUUGGCCGUGCAAUCAUUCUUGCUGAUGUGGACGGCAACGGAGCUCGCGAUCUCAUUAUUGGUGUCCCGCACAUGAACAGCCCCACCCGCACGGACUGCGGUGGCUUCCGUGUCUACCUGAAUGUUGGUGGCUCUGCCAAGUACCAGACCUCGCCGGCGUUCACUGCGUAUGGUGAACAAGACGCCGAGGAGUGCGGCAGCUCGCUCUCCAACGUCGGUGACUUGAACCGUGACGGUUUCCAGGAUGUUGUGAUGGGAUGCCCCUACUACUCUUUCACUGCCGCCCUCUUCAACGAAGGUCGCAUCUUUUUGUUCAACGGCAAGUCGGGUGGCGCGAUGGUUGUCGGCCAGAUUCUGCGCUCGAAUGUCGCCGGCUCCUUGUUUGGCUACGCUCUGUCCACCACCGGCCGCGAUCACAACAGCGAUGCCUACGCUGAUCUUGCCGUCGGCAUGCCCGGAACCAACCAAUACACUGGUCGUGCCGUUAUUCUUGCUGCCGUUGGUAACAGCGAUAUUACCAUCACCCUUUCCAGCAACCGCGGCUCCACGGGACCCGUGACUGUUGACACGUCGGUGGCCACCUUCACUGUCACGGCGACCAUUAGCAACGCCGGUCCUGAAGCGACGUUGAACGGCAUGGCUCUCGUCUGGUCCACCCCGACCGGCUUUGCCCUCUCCUCUGCCACUAUUUCCCCCUCUUUGACCGUUACUGGCAACACGAUUAGUCUCCCUGCCAUUGCGGACGAUGCGUCGUACAGUGUCACACUUUCUUACACGCUCUUGCAGACUGUGCAGUACCCGAAUGUCGCCACCUUCUCGGCCAGCAUCGCCAAGAACCCCCCGCGCAUUCUGACGAACGAAGCCGCCUCGCUCUCGUUCAAGUUUGUCAGCCAAGUCACAAUCAGCUUUAUCACCCCUCCCAAGGCGUUCCAAGAGGUCACCACCGCGCCCUACACGACUCCCUCUUGCACGACCGGUUCGUGCCAGAUUGUCAAGGGCAAGCAGGCCGUUCUGCGCAACUUUGGCUUCCGAAACACCGGCACUGGCACGGCGUUCGGCAACCAGCUGACCAUUACCUCGCCAGCGGGUGUCGUGUUCAACUACAUUCGCAAGAUUUCCGAUCAGUCUGCGGCCAAUCUUGCCACUCUCGGCUGGUCUUGCUCGUCCACUGGCUCUGGCACAACCACCAAGUGUGUCUUCCCCAACCUUGUUGCGGCUGCCAACACUGACACUAACAGCAACACAAACCAGUAUGAGCUCGUCUUCUCCACUGCCGGCCUGGCGACGGGCGGCAGCUGGGCUUUCCAGAUCCAGCACGUGUUGGGAACCACACCGACCACGUCGACCUCGUCGAACAACUUGGUUGUCCCCGCGGCCCAGUGCGAUCUUGCAGUCGUUCCCUCUGCCACUUACCUUGCUGGCGGCAGCUGCUGCGGUGGCGCUUCAACCGAGAUUUGUGUCGGGGCGACCUCCCGCGUGACCUUCUAUGUGACCAACCAAGGCCUCUACUCUUCUGCUGCCACGUCCUAUGUCACUGUCGCUGUGCCCGCCUCGUUGGCCGUCUCUGCCGCUGACUCGUACAUUACUUCGUCGUACAACAUUGGUGCGACCACCAUUUCCAGCUCUGGCGCUUGCACUCUUUCUGCUGGUACUUUGCGAUGCAAUGUCCCUGGCGAUCCUGCCGGUGUGGUCAAUCCCGAUGGCCUUGUUGCCGUCACGGUGACGAUGAACCCGGUCGCGACUGAGACUGCCACGUCGGCCUCCAUGUCGGUGACUGCCGUUGCCGGUGCCACGGUUACUGACACGAACCUCACAAACAAUGUCUUGCCAAGCUUCUCGGUCCAGCUCUGCAAGUCGAGCAUCCUCACUGCCGAUGUCUCUGUUGUUUCCUCGCAAGAUCUGCCUGACUUGAACGGCGUCACUGGCUUUUACUCGACCUCUGUGGUGGAGCUGUCUGUCAACGUCAAGAACAAUGGCCCUGCCGUCUAUGUGGCCGGCUCAAAGUCGUUCACGUUCACUUAUGACAGCGCUCUGACGGUGACUGCUGCUUUGUCGGCAAAUCCCGGUCUGACGUGCUCUGGCAGCGGAGCUGUCGUCACCUGCGUCUUGAACAACGCCAUGGCUGUCGGUGCCCAACUAUCCUUCUCGACGAGGAUCAAGCUGACCUCCCCUUCGGCAAGCGCCGUCGGACCCUCCUACCAGUAUCUUGCUACCUCGACCGUCCAGCUCGUCGGUGGUUCCAGCACGGAUUCUGCUGCCGUCAACUUUGUCGACUAUGUCAACCCCACCGUGUUCAUGGCGGUCUCUCCCUCUACAAUUGGCCCCGACGGCAACAUUGUGACGGCCACUGUGAGCGUGACCAACCCCGGUGUUUCGAGUGAUGCUACCAAUGUUCGUCUCGUUGUUUCCCUUCCCUACGCCAUCGGUACCCUCACUGCGAGCAAUAUCGCCCUCGCCGCGCCCUCGGCUUCCGGUUUGAUCAACUCGCUGAACUGCGCCAUCACCCCCAUUCCCACUUUCACGGAUUUCCAGUCGUACACUUCGUGGAUUGUGAACUGCACCAUUCCCACAAUCACUCCGUUGACCGCCGGCUGCGACUCCAACCUUCAGACCCAGCGCUGCCGCUACGAGCUCAGCAUCACCGCUCCCACCGUCGCCUCUGCUUCGUUGCUUGCCAGCGCGUACAAGGACAACACUGUUUGGCCAUUUGCUGCCGACAUCUAUUCCCCCAAGCCGGAUGACUUUUCGGACAACUCGGACUCUGAUGUUCUCAACAUGGCCACCACGCCUCAACUCGCCGUUACUCUGGCUGCCCCCAGCUUGGCGUCCCUCACCGACAACCCCAAGAUUGCCAAUGGCGACACCAUCCAAUUCCAAGCACACAUGACCAACUUUGGCACGGCGUCCACGAGUGCCACUAUUACAAUCGAGGUUAGCGGCUCUGGCUCAGGAACGCUCGUCACUCCUACGGCGUCCUUGACCUGUAGCUCGACGAGUUCCCCUGAUGCCUACACUUACACGUGCACCCGCAACGCUUUUACAAAGGACAGCACCCAGACCAUCUCGUUUGGUGUUCACGCCGGCUCGCCGAAUGGCCAGAUCCUCGUGAAGGCUACUGUCACUUCCUCGGUGGCCGAGCUCCCGACCGACACGGCAGACAACACUGUUGCAGUCCUCUUGACCAACGAGAUUCCCGGUGUGGAUUUGGCUCUUGACGUCUUUGUUGAUAGCACGCGCAUUUCUGGCACUGGCACGACCGUCUUCAAUGUUGCCGUUUCCAACAUCAACGGUCCUUCCCCCGCCAAGAAUGUGACUGUGGUUUGCCCCCGCUUCUGGACGAACGCUACACAGUUCUCUUCCAUCGAGAUGGUGGACGACUUUGGUGGCGACGUGUCCUUCACCACCACCACCCCUGCUGGUGGCUUCACGACUCUCACGUUCAACAUCAAGACUCCGAUCGCCCCGUUGAGCACGGCCCUUGUCUGGCGUGUUCCGUUCUCGUUCUCGGUCAAGACCCUCAAGCUCCCCGGUGCUCGCCCCAUCACCUUUGACUUUGAGACCUCGGACAAACUCCUCGAUACCACCGAGGUUCGCACUGCCUCUGUCACGCUGUACUACACCCCUGUGGCUGCGUCUGCGUCGAGCGAAGACAGCUCGUCCAUCAUUGGUGCCAUUGUCGGCUCCAUCCUCGGUGUUAUCGUCAUCGCUCUCAUUGCCUGGAAGCUUGGCUUCUUUGACCGCAAGGCGAAGCCGCCGGCACUUGAUGGCAGUGGCAACCCGAAGACUGCGGAUGAUGAUUAAGUUAAAAAACUGCCGCGCUCUUGAACGCUGGUUCUUGCGGCUUUUUUUUUUCUUCUUCUUCUUCCUCUUCUCGUCCGUGUAUGUUGUUACAAUUUGUGUGUUGGACAUUAUUCGUCAUCCUAGCACCCUCUUUUGUUUGUGUCCGUGUGUCAUUUUCUUCUUUUUGUUUGUUGUUAGUGCUCUGCCGAACGACCCCCCGAAUGUUCGCCUCCAAGCUGCACUAUUUGCGUGGUUUUUUUUUUCCGUUGGUUGCGGUACUCUUUGGCUCAACGUGCUUUUGUUUCUUUUAUGUGUCAAUAGCAUCAACAUGUUGCCUUUUUUAUUUUUGUUCAUUC